AUGGCAGAUCGUACGGUUUUUGAUUCUCCUUCGAGGCAAAGUACCUCUUCUCCUAGCAAUAACAAUCCCGCGAGCAUCAAUCAUCGUUCUAGCUUCGCGGAAAAUCUGCGACACUCACCCAGAGCUCAAAGGCACCCGUCAUUCACACAAGCUGCUGUUCAAGAGCUCCUCAACCAUCCUCCAGUUCCCAAAAUUGGAGAUCCAAGAUUUGCAGGAAGGGAUUGGAGACAAAUACAUGUUGGAGAACUUGUACAGGAAACUGAUAUUCACUGGUGUGAACUCGACACAGAUGUCGAACGUGCGACAAAGGCGCUUAUAGAAUCCGGUCCUCCAAAUGUUAUCCUUAUUCGCGAAACUCCAGAUGAUGUGACUGCUUGCGACAGCUUCGAUUACAAUGACCUUAAUGCAUACCUACUGGUUGUCCUCGGACUAGCAAAUCCCGAUGAAGAGCAAAAAGAAACAUAUUCUCAAUUAGCAAGCAAAGCUCGGGAGCACGUUCCGAUCCCACUUCGAGAUGUAAUAACACUUGCAAAGAAGGAACCUCUUACAACACUUUCAGAGUCAGAAGACCUUUCUAAGGCCGUGGAAAUAUUUGGUAGUGGUGUUCAUCGCAUUCUUGUUUGCAAACCGGGAACGACAACAGUCGUGGGGAUUUUGAGUCAGUUGAAACUGGUCAAAUUCUUGUGGGAUAAUGGUAGCAGUUUUCCAGCUAUCGAUCAGUUAUAUCCAACUAUUCUGCGAGAUUUGAAUAUUGGAGCACAACAAGCUAUUGCAAUAAAUGGCGACAAACCUCUCACGGAAGCUCUUCAGCUCAUGAGUAACGAAGGAUUAACAAGUAUUGCAGUAGUUGACAAUGCUGCAAAUGUAGUUGGCAAUAUUUCAACAGCUGAUACUAAACUCCUUACACACACAAGUAGUCUACCUCUCCUUCAAUCCUCCUGCAUACACUUCAUCUCUGUAAUACUGAGUGAACGAGGAAUUGGCGAUGGAAAAGAUUCCUUCCCAGUCUUCCACGUCAAUCCAUAUUCAACCCUCGCUCAUACAGUAGCAAAACUCGUCGCCACCAGAUCCCAUCGUAUGUGGGUCGUCGAGUCCGCAUCUCCAUCCCCAUCAGCACCUGCAACGCCUUCCCUUGGAUACGCUUCCGUCGUUCAGCAACCAAGCGGUGGUGGUUCCGUACCACCUUCACCCUCAUUUCCUGCCGUAUCCGCCGCAGCUUUACCCGGUGCACGUAUCUCAGGUCGUUUAACAGGCGUUAUCACAUUAUCAGAUAUUCUAAACCUCUUCGCUCGCACAACAGGUCUUAAUCCCAUGGAUCCAAACGAAUCCCGAGCGAGAAGGAGAAGGAGCUCUAGUGCUUCCGUAAGACCAAGUAUGGACUCUUCAAGAGGAGAUUAUCUAGAUACAAUACGGGAAAUGAACCAGAAUAACUUGAAAAACAUAUUCCAAUAUCGAGGACUAUCUAUGAGAACCAACAAUUCAUCGGAACUCGAAGUGGAGUACAAAAAAACAAGAGAAAUCAUGACACGCCCUGGAGCAAAGUUCCAAACACUCUUACAGGACCUUUUGCCUGAUGGGGGUAAACAAGGCAUGAGAGAAUUAAAGUGGGUAAAUCAAGAUUUCAGUCCACCAAAGUAA